CGAGAGAAGAGGGAAGGCCCCAUCAUCUACUCUCGACGCUCGGCGUCUCGCUCCGCCUGAGAGAACAAGGCUUACGUAAGAAGACGUUCGCGCCCGGAGCGACAUCUGUGCGCAGCUCUUGGACUUGAGACCUUGGCUGGAGAUAGCGGAUGCGGAUAAGUGUCUGGGAGCCUGCUGUUACGGCUCAGUGGAUCUUUGGAGCGCUAUGCUGAUCAGGCUCCUCACGCUCCUCGCUGCACUGGUCACCUGCUGGGCAGGUCCAGUGCCGCUUGCAAGUAUAUCCGAGGAAUGUCGGUUUCCAUCUUCGUUAAAGCCCCAGCACACGUUCCUGUACGUAUUCCAAGGUGAAAACCGAAUCGAAAACAAGGAUGCCCAACACCACAUUCAGUUUAAGACGAGCGUCGAGAUCGGGACGAUAUCUCCAUGUCUAUUGUCGCUCAAGCUAAUUGAUGUGGAGCUUCAAGGGGUCAGCGUCGCCAACCGUUAUGCCUUCAAAGAAGCGCUGGAGAAGUACCCUGUGCUUUUCCACAUGGAAGAAGGCAUCAUCGGCGACGUACGUCACGACCCCAGCGAGCUUCCCUGGGCGAUGAACGUCAAGCGGGCCAUCAUGUCCAUGGUACAGAUCCCCAGAACAACCCUCGACGCCAACAGCAUCGUUUCUGAGACGGACAUCUUUGGAACGUGCGAGACCAAGUACAGCCCCGUAAACGGUGGCAUUCUCAAGAAGUCCAAGAACCUGGCAACCUGUCUUGGCCGCUUCGGUAGUUCCCUGCCCAUCAUCUAUACACCGUACGAGUCCAAGAAUUCGCCGUUCCAGACAAUCCCGAUGACCAACGGGACAAUGGACUGCCAGAUGGUGGUGGACAGCAACCGCUGGAUCACCAAGAGCGAGUGCAAGGAGAGGGAGUUCCUCCAACUGGCAGCAAGGGGUAUGGCGGAAGAAACGCUGAUCACGUCGACGAUGGUACUCAUCCUCCAGCAGCAAACCCCAGGGAUCAAGCCCGUGCCAGCCACCGUGAACAUGAUGAGCUCCCUAAAGUUUGAUCACAGCGUCACGAGGGUUGAGAAGACUGACAUCAAGGACGUCAUGGGAAUCCUGCGGGACCUUUGCCGUAGCACCGCCGAGGACAUCCGCCCGGAGGCGAGCGCGUCGUUUUCGCGAAUGGUUGCCGCUCUGCGUGGCCUUCCACACGAACAUCUCACGCAGAUCUACGCCAAGAUUGUCGCUGGAGAGAUCUGCUUCGACCGCAAGAUGGAGGCCUUGUAUCUGGACGCCCUGCCCAUGAUCGGAACAGAAGCUUCUCUGAAGCAGACCGUGGAACUUAUGAACAAGGCUGAACACGCCUCCCGGUUGACGGCAUGGAUUGCUGGGCUCUCUUCCAUCAGCUACCCGACCGAAGGAAUGAUUAGCGUCCUCAUUCCCAUGGUGAAGAAGCCCAACGCCCCGAGGAAUCUUAUUCUCGCGGUUACGUCCAUGGCUCACAUCUUUUGCCGCGAAGAGAGCCGCAACUGUGACGAAGUACCCGCCAUCAAGGAGCUGCAGGGCGCCCUGACCAAGAUUCUCAGUUACAAGUGCCGGGCGACCGAUAUUCUUUCGCGGAACAAGAUUAUAACGGCGCUGAAAGGCUUUGGUAACCUGGGUUAUCACGGCGAAGCCAUCAACAGCAUCAUGGAGUGCGCCAUUGCAGCAAACAACCCACUCCCGAUUCGACUUGCAGCCAUCGAGUCCUUCAGAAGGUCAUGCACUCCGGAGGUGCAAUCGAAACUUCUUGAGCUGAUGAAAACGACGACUGAGGACGUGGAAAUCAGGAUCGCUUCUUACCUUGGAGUGAUGCGCUGCCCGAGCUUUAAGGACAUCGUAGAGGUCGUAAAGAUGGUAGGAGAUGAACAGACUCAGCAAGUUUUGUCGUUCAUCAUGACCCACCUGAGCAACCUUCAAGAAACGGAAUCUCCAAUGAAGAUGAACCUGCGAUCGCUUGUCUCCAGCCUUGUCAUCAGGAGCAAAAUUGACUCCGACUUCCGCAAGUCCUCCCAGAACAUUGAGUGGUCCGACUACUCGGAGAAGUUCAACCUUGGAGCGACGGCCGACGCCAACAUCAUCUACCAUCCCAAGUCGUUCAUUCCGAGGUCGCUCAUGAUGAAUUUGACGGUGGACCUCUUCUCCCACUCCAUCAACCUGUUUGAGGUUGGGGGUCGUGCUGAGGGUUACGAUCACAUGCUGGAAAGCCUGCUGGCUCCCAAAAGACAAAUUGGAAACAGCCAUAAGACUGACUCCUUCUGGUCUCGCUUGGGAGAGAAGCUGAGAAGGUCUCGAAGGGCCUCCCCGAAGACCACCAAGGUGGACAUCUUCGACGAGAAGGUGAACAUCAUAAAACCGAACCAGCCUAGCGGGUCCAUCUACUUCAAGAUGUUUGGAAACGAGCUGGCAUGGUUCGAGCUUCCCACCAUGGACGACAUUUCCAACUUCGCAGACGGCGUCGCAACCAACAACUGGAUGUCUCGGCUGAUGAAGGAGAAGCAGAUGGACAUUGCCCGCAGCGCAAUGCUGAUCGACACGACGGUGACCGUGCCAACCGUGACGGGAUUCCCGUUCAGGGCCGACAUCAAGGCCACGGUCACGGCCGGUCUCAAGUCCGACGGCAAGCUGAACCUGGAGGGCGCGCCAAAGGACAUGCUCAUCGAGGGAUUCAUCAAACCUAGCGCCGCGAUUGACUUGACCAGGGUGAUGUCCAUCGACGUUGGCGUUGCCAAGCGAGGAAUCCGCGUGACCUCAACCAUCCACACUUCCACGGCUCUGGACGGCAAGGUGGAGAUCAAGCCGACGGGCGAGAUCAACCUCAAGUACAACAUGCGCCAAGAGAAACAGGAAAUCCUCAACCUCAAGACAAGCAUCUUCUCCGUGGAGGCCGAGGUCGAAACGCCACUGCCGGCGCCAGUCACCAAGGACCUGAACAUGUGCACCCAGACCCUGUCCAAGGCCCUCGGCGUGAGCCUGUGCCUGAAGGGACGCGUGCCCAAGCCGUUCUUCGACUACCGCGGCAUCAACCUGCCCUUCGACCUGGGCCUGACCCUGCAGAAGAACGACCCUCAAAUGGAGGGCUACGAGUUUAAGCUCAAGUUCCCGGCUGCUGGAUCCGAUCCCAGGAACAUGUUCUAUCAGCUCAUAAUGGACACACCGGGAUCUUCCAUAAACCGGAGACACCUUAUAGAGCUGCAGUUGAACAACCCUAACAUCACAGAGGCCAGCAUGCACUUCUUGUAUUCCUGCCCAAUGAAGAAAAUUGAAAUCUCAGCGUCCGCGAAGGACCACGGAGACCUGGCGAACGUGAUGAUGGAGGCCAAGAUUGACGACGCGAGACGGUACUUCAUCAACCUGGAGUCACCCUACCAGGCAAUACCCAACGGAAUGAAGUUUGAGCCCGUCUUACAGAUGGGCUGUCCGCACACCGAACCAUUUGUCAUGAAAGGAAGUAUCGAGCACAACUAUACUGGCUUUGUUGUGCACCUGUUUUCCAACAUGCCCGCCAACAAACAUGCCUUCAUCAAGGGAUCUGUGCAGAACAGUGGAGGUAACCUGCAGAUAGACACGAUGGGCAGUCUGGUGCUGCUAGACUGGGACGCCAGCGUCACCUUCACUACACAGGAGCGCACAUCCAUCGGCUCCGCCUUCGUGCAGUAUCAGUGGGAAGGGCAACGGAAGCACCAGAUCACGUUCAACCACAAGCUUAAGGACCUGAGCACCGAGCACAUCUUCAAGGCGACCGUAAAUACCGAGAUGCAAAUGAGCCGGUAUCCAGAGUACAACUGGCAGAUUAUAGCGGACAUCCAAUCAGCGCCCAUGGGACAGCGAGAGUACGACAUCAAGUUCUGGUGGGGCGAGAACCUUCCCGAAGAGCAGCGUCGCAUUCACGUUCUCACCAUCUCGAAAAAGAGUGGGAAAUAUGGCCCGGGCUUCAAGGGAACCAACGAGGGACGGCUGAAGAUCGAAGCCCCCUUUUGGAACAUUGACCUCGAUGGCUACUUCAACGACAUGCUGGACAUGGAGGGCCUUCCGAAAGCACUUUUUAGCGGUGAGCUGAAGAGCGAUGGUGCAAAGGUCAUCGAGUGGGAAGCAAAAUACAACCACGAGUCCCGGGAUCCCAUGCGCCUUUCAAUGAGCGCGAAGCUUGAGGGUCCGACAAUUCGCUUCAACUACAUGGACAGAGUAGAACAGAGAGGCGACAACGAGUACAUGGGUAACAUGAUCAUCGAGUGGGGAAACCAGGGCAAGAGGUUAUCAACCGACUACUUCGUCACGAUGAAUAUAGACCCAGACACCACGUUUUACGACGUCGACUACCGAAUUUCCUACCCUGACAUGAAGGUUCCGGCCCACCUUAAGAACAAGUUCAGGCUUACACGCGAUGCCAUGGAAGCAUCUACGGAGACGGAAGUGGAUGGGACCAAGUACGUCACCGUCGCCACAAAAUGGAACCGAAACAAACUGGCCGAGAUCAAUAUUGACACCCCAGUUUUCCAGACAAUGAUGUCCAGGAGUGUAAAGGACAAGGGUGUGACUUACGUUGCCGAGGUACGACCGCGAUUCAUCACUGACAAGGCAUACGUCUCUUCGCUUCAAGUCAAGGGAAGUCCUCAACGCUCGAUGGCCAUUCAGGGAGAGUACCAGUGGGAUGCGGACAGAGAUACCAACCAGAGGAUGAGGAUUUCGUCGACUCUCAUCAAGACUGCGAUAGAAGGUCGCCCAACAUACCAGGUCAACGGAGUGUUCGAGCACUGCACCCACCUUAAGAUUGACUUCAAUGGCAACUUCGCUGAGAACAUGAUACAGGGGCCUCACUCGAUGGACUUUUCGGUUGGAGGCCACCACACUCCGACGCGGACAAUGUCGAUGAUGUACAACCGAGGUGAGACAGAUGCCAACGUCAUGCUUGCUUACAUCAAGGGAGGAGAAGACCAGUUGAAGAUUCAGUACUCUCGGCGGGAGGAUCACUCUGUUCAAGACAUCGACCUGAGGAUCACAUCUGUUCUUAUCCCAGAAAUCGAUGGCAAACACCUUAACAUUCAAAGGAUGUUCGGCCGUGACAUAUCCUGCAAAAUUAGUUACGUUCACGCUCCGGGCAAGGUCUUCCGUAUUGAGUUCUUCGAUGCAUCCGGAAACAGCAGAAUUAACACCAACAUCAAACUGCAGACGCCGUUCCCGCGCUAUUCUUCGCAGGAGCUCAGAAUCACUGGGGACUAUUCGCCUUCAGCCGUUAUUCUUGACAUGCAAGUUACGUCUUCCUCUAAUAAAAUCUACAACUUUAAGCUCAAUUGGGAGAUGAAAGGUCGUGAGUCGGCUACGUUGGUGAUGGACAUGAUGACACCACACGAAAGUGUUCGUAAUGGAAGGUUACUAAUGCGAUAUAAUUCAAACCGGGAAGUGAUUGAAGGCCAGCUUAAGACCGUCUACAACGACGAAACAAUGUUUGACCUGAAUGGAAACUUCCGUAUCGUAUCAAAAGAAAGCUUUGACGGCAGGCUGUCUCUAAAAUCGGCUGCCACCGUAGACUUGGAAAUCAUUAUUCGCGGCCAAUCGACCUCUCCAGCGAGCUCCACGUACACAGUAAAUGUUAUCGAAGGCGGAAGCAACGCACUAACUGCUGCGCUAACAUUGGAUAACCAAAAGCAGCAUUUCACGGGAAAGCUGGAGGUUUCUGGUGCAACCAUCGCUACCAGGUUUAUCCAAGUUGAGCGAAAGAUUCCCCAGGAUAAUCACAGGGUUUACUCGCUGCGAACCGGACCAGAGACUCCGUUGAAUCUUGUGCUUGACACAAAGCUGAUUGACGGUGUACGCACGACGGCGAUGAGGUACGAGCCCACUAACAACCCUCAAGAUUGGGCUUCGAUUAUGUUCGAGAACAACGAGGACUGGAACAACAUGAACAAGAAGCUUACAAUCGUCAUCGAGCCCAAGGCUAAUGUCAAGAUGAACAUUGACUACAUCUACCAAAAAUCUGACAGUUUGCUCAAGAGCAAGCUGGUAUGGUCUCUGCAUGAGAACAAGCUUGGGUACGAAUUUAAGUCACGUACAGAGGGAGACUCAUCAUCGAGCACCUUGAUGAAGAUGCUUUACUUUAAGCGUGAAAUCGACAUUCAUCACGACUACAUCAAAACUCCGGAUUCAAUGGAAGUCACCUUGAAGAUCUUGCUGAACGCCGUGAUGAUGCCGGACCGAAUGCUUAUGCUUUCUUACAAAGGGCACAAGAUUCCAAAGGGUUGGCAGGUCAUCACGGCUAUGAGCCACCCGACAUUCUUGAACGAGAUACUUCUCAAGGGUACAAUCGAGACAGACAUUACCGAACAGAUCCCAUUGAAAGUGAUGGCUGAAAUUCAACCAGGAGACCCAGCCAAUAAGAUUCACUUCAGCAUGGUUCAAAAGAUUGACGACCAAAUUGCAACGAACAGGUCCAUCCAUAUUCAUUUUCAUCAUGAAGAUCGGAACAUAUUCGACACCAGUCUGACCAUGUAUCGUACCGCAACGAUGGAACGCCCAAUCUUUGCUGGCUAUUACUGGUCAUGGACAACCCGGAGGCAGGGGCACAAAGCGGGCCACGCAAUACUUUUCCUCGGCAAGAACGGACGCGCUCAAUUUGAUUACGACUCGUUCCUGGGGAAGAUCUCUGCGUCUGGGGAAAGCCAGACGGCCGCGAACGGUGACGACAUCAUCGACGUCGUGUUACAUGGCAAGAACGAAGAGUUCAAAGGCCGCUUGAUCUACAACUUGAAGAAGUAUCACUUCGAAGGACUCACUUUCGACAAGGAUGGAAACACCGCUCGCAGUUUCGAGAUCUCGGCGUCCAACUCUUCCAAGAAAGACAUGUUCAAGAUGGAGAUGAGCCAUUACGAAGGAAACAACAAACUGACGGAUUUCAGCUACGCUUUGGAAAAAAGAGGCAGCAAGGCUUUCAGGAGCAAGCUGUUCUUCCCUCCUCAGCACGUCCAAGCAAUGAAGAUGGCGCUCAGCAAAGUUGACGACAAGCUGUCACAAAUUGACAUCUCAGAAAUGACUCGGGACAUUGCAGCCAUGACUCGGGAGGCAGACUCGUACAUUGACACAAACUUCGUCCAGCCACUGAACAAUCACUUACUGGACGAGUUCGGCGAGAUCAUGGGGGAGGCUGUGAUUGAAAUCAGCGAAAUCCUCGAGGAAACCAGUUGGGGUGAAGUUCUUGAACAGAUGAUGAAGUGGCUGGAAGACAUGAAAAGGAAGCUGGAUAUUCAAAUCAAAAAGAUGAUCCGGGCAAUCGUUGAUCCUAUUAUGUCCAUGGCUUCUUCGAUGGGCCCCCGCCGUCGUCGGAGGGACAUCUCUGGCAACUGGGAUGAUCUAAACCGCUACAUGUCGAACAAGAUGGAAGAGUUCUAUAACUCCCCCAUGAUGCGGCAGAUUUCCAACUGGAUGAACAACGCGAUGGACUACACGUCUGACAAGAUCAGUGAGAUGAUGUACAGGAUGAGCGCGAAGAUUGGAGAGGGCAUGGAAGCAUUACGGGAAAAUCCAGACUACAAAGCAAUGGAGUCGAUCGUUUCCGAACUCUACCAGCCCGGACCCUACCAAAGCAACUCGGAAUUCUGGAACAAGCUGAAGGCGAGCCUCGGCACCGAGUACUCGGCCCGGAAGUCCGCCAUCAUCCGGGAAGCCGACUACAAGAACGGAAAGUACAUCGUGGACGUCAACUUGCCCGCCGACGUGGACUCCAUCAAGCAGCAGAUCAACCAGUGGACAGUCCAGUGGAAGAUUCCCGAGGAAGAGCCCGAACACGAGCCGAGCUUCGCCGAUUACAUCGGCUCUCUGGCACGCAGGAAGUGGCUGCCUCCUUUUGACGGCCAGGCCAUGAUCAUCAGCCAGCAGCACUUCGUGACCUUCGACGGAUCCAUGUACUCCGCGGUGGGAGACUGCACCUACCUCCUGGCCCGAGACUUCGUGGACGGCAACUUCACGGUCCUGCUCAAGUACCACUCGGACAACCCGCUGCCCGACGGCCGCAUCCCCAAGUCCAUCAUCGUGCAGCUCGGAGAAAGCUACAUCGAGGUUUUCCCCGACAAAGGAUCUAUGUUCCUGAAUGGUCAGGCGGUGGAACUGCCGCUCAUCCUCGAGGACGGCGAUGUGAUCGUGAAGCGUGUGGACGACGUCGUUACCAUCGAAGACGAAAAGGUCCUCAAGGUUGCCUGCCACCUCUACUACGACGUGUGCACGGUCAAGAUCAACGGCUGGUACUUUGGGAACACAGCUGGGCUUCUGGGCACCUACAACAAUGAGCCCAGCGAUGAUUUCAUGAGGCCUCGAGGACAGGUCGUGAACAACGUGGGCCAGUUCAUGAAGAAGUGGGAGAUGAUGCGGGGCUGCAAGGCGCCCGUGAACGUGCUGAAGAACACCGCCCCCGAAGGCUCCGAAGGCUACAAGCUCUGCGAGCGCUACUUCAAAAGCGACGACUCGCCGCUCUCAGAAGGUUUCUGGCAGGAGUCCCCGAAGCCGUAUUUCGACCUCUGCCUACGGCACAUGGCAGCGCUACCCACCAACCAGGAGCCCAUGAAGGCAGUCUGCAACGUCUCUCUCGCAUACCUGCUCCAACUGGAGAAGUAUUCCAUCAUGGCCACCCUACCGACUGAGUGUCUCAUGUGCCAGAUCGGGGCCGACAAAAAGUUGGGCUUCGGCGUAACGACGCACAUCGAGACCGUUCCCACCAGCAUGGACGUCGUAUUGGUCGUUGAGGAAGACGCCUGCCACGCCGACGUCGUCAGGGAACUCGACAGCACCAUCAGACUCGUCGACAAGGAGCUCAUUGCCGCCGGCUUCUCCAACAACCGAUUCUCUCUCAUCGGAUUCGGCCACGGCAGCGGCAGGAACAGCAUGCCGCACGUCCGAACCGCUCGCGGCAGCGUCUUCUUCGAGUCGCACAACCUUCCCCUAGCGACGGAAAAGAUGAGGCUCGAGCCCGUGGCUGCGCCCGCCCACGAGACCCACAAGGACAUCUUCGAAGCCAUCCGCUUCGCGUCCGUCAUGCCCUUCCGUCCUGGUGUCUCCAAGACCAUCGUCGUCAUGGCCUGCGCGGACUGCGACGAAGAGAGGAGCGAGCUCUCCUACUCCGACAUCCAAAACCAACUUUUGGAGCACGGAAUAACGCUGCAUCUGGUUUCCGACAAGCCCAUUGAAGUACGCAAGAGUAUCAUCAAGGGGAAAGGCAUCUAUGGCUUGGACGCCGACUCCGUCUACGGCAGCAAGGAUGUGAGCCAGCGGUUGCUCAUGGGUCAGCCCGACCUCCGACCCCAGGUGGCGGUCGCCAAGGAUGUGUGCAUCGCCCUCGCCCAGGAGGUUCACGGCAGCUUCUUCAGCACCAAGGCCCUGCGCUCCGACGCCAAGAACUGGAAGACGGUCUUCGCCAAGCGCAUCGUCAAGUCUCUGCAGCCGCGCGGCGGAGACAGGGACUUCUGCGAGCAAUGCGACUGCUCGCACGGCCCCGACCUCACACCCAUCGCCAUCUGUCGGGCCUGCCGAGCUCUGCCUCCGAGGGUGCCUCUCGCGUUGUACACCUCAGAGGACUAAGUAUUGUUCACUCCGGUGCGUCACGGAGUAUCGCUAGCAUUUCUUCUGUCAAUAAAGCGUGUAAUGUGUUUUUCCUAAAUUA